GUAAAUGCAUUUAUAUUUUCAAAGUCAAAGAUGAAAGUUAUUUUUAAUCUCAAAAUUUAAUAUUUCGAUUAUAAUUUACAAUAAUUGUGUGUUACAUGUUUAAACAAUGAAGCAGUUUGUUUUUCCUUUCAAUAAUCUUACAAUGUGAAGGCGAUAUAGAUACAGGAAAAAUUAUAUCCAGUUGGAAAAUAAUAUGAUUUUAUCCAGGAAUAAGCUAAAAUUUUCUCGAAUAGGAAGCAAGGAUGAACUAUACAGGAUGGCUAACAUAAAUGAUUAUUACAGAGGCAAGGUGGGAGUUGGGAUAAAGGAUGGUGCAUCUUGAAAUGACUGACAUGCAAAUUUGUCACAAUCUGACUAUAAAUGAUCUGCCGAACGAAUUACUAAUAUAUAUUUUUUCUAUGAUUGAUUUUGAAUCAUUAUUAGCUGUAGCAAAGGUGUGUGUGCGAUGGCAACAACUAUGCUUGACACCAUGUAUUUGGGAUAACACCAGACUAAUUGUAUGUAUGAAAAAUUAUGUCAGAAUAAGUGAUAACAUUGUACCAUUUGUAGCAAAGUAUUUAAAAAAUGUAAAACUUCAGUAUUUCAAAUUGUAUUCACAAGUCAGAGCUUCCCUCAUCAGCUACUGUCCUAAUUUAACACAUUUAGAAAUAAGUAUAUCUCAAGUCGAUAGCUGUAUUUUUGAUGAUCUUGGUCAUUGGCCAAACUUGAAAUUUUUGAGUUUCCGUAAUUCUUUAAUAGUACAAAAUCCUGACGGCUCUAAUGGAAACUUUGUUUAUCAUUUGCCAUUUGAAAAACUAAAGUAUUUAGAAACCUUAAUAUUAUCGAAUUUUGCAUUGACACAAAGUAGUUUGUAUAGUAUGCUUCAGUGUGUCAAUUUAGUCAGUAUUAACAUGGAGAAGAUGAAGAAUAUACCUGCAGACUUUUUAGAGUCGCUUUUGAGAACAAAACAGUCUAGUUUACAUGCCCUGCACAUUUAUGGUGAUACUCUCAAUGAUGAUAUAGUGUGUUCUAUAUCAAACUGCAAGGUUUUACAAGUUCUACAUAUAAUGACAUGCAAAACAUUAUUUGAUUCAAGCUUACGUCAUCUGAACAGGUUAAAAAAUUUGAGGUCAUUGAAGUUACGACAUGGGUACUUUUCUACUAAUGCAUUAAUAUCAUAUUUUACAAACAAUAAAUUUCAAUAUUUAACAUAUUUAAGUCUGUCACGAUGUAUGCAUGUAACAAUGCAUGUGGCUAAAGCUAUCAAAACAAGUGCUCCAAAUCUAAAGGAAUUGUCAUUUUAUCUUUGUCCAUUCAUUAUUGCUCCAGACUUCAAAAAAAAUGAACUACAAAAAAUGUUUAACAUUGAGUUGUUGCUUGAUUAAAGUAAUUAGUGACCUCAUUUUAAAUAGGUUGUCAAUAAGUGAACAAAGCAGCUUAGCUAUCCGUCCACCUCAUAUACCUAAAUCAUCUGCUUUAUUUGUGUUUUAAAUGCCUAUUAUAAAUAGGGUUAAUAGAACUUGACAUGACAUCAAUUGAAAGUAAACAUAUUUGAGCAAGAGUAUUUUAUACGAGUGAUAAUUUAAGUGUUUGGAAUUUACUAACAUUUUCAUGUUUGAAUACUAUAAAUACAUGUAUUGAGUGUAUUAGUAAAUUUGUUGUUUAAAUGAUUGUAAUAUGUAUUAACAUUUAAAUUAGUCAAUUAUCAAGUGCCUUACAAAUAUCAAAAAAUAUUUGUU